AUGAAGGCCGCAAGAUUCUAUGGUCAAGGCGAUAUCCGCAUCGAUGAGGUUCCGGAGCCGAUAGCGAAGCAUGGACAGGUCCUGGUCGAUGUGGCUUGGUGUGGUGGGUAAAGGCAAAUACUCGCUGAAGGCAAGGCAUGCGCUAAAGCACAGCUGUAGGCAUUUGCGGUAAGGCAAGGCCCAAGCGAUAUGGUAAAGCCCAUGGCUGAGUCCCUUUUCUCCGAACAGGCUCAGACUUACACGAAUACCUCAUCGGUAACACCAUCCCAAGCAAUCGAAACAUGUAUCCCAACCAAUGAUUUCGCAUAGGCCCAGUCAUACUGCCUACACCAGAGAGACCAAACCUAAUAACAGGCGUCCACAUACCUCUGACGCUAGGCCAUGAACUCUGCGGCACAGUCCGCGAUCCACCGUCGUCGUCUCGGUUCAAGAAUGGCGACCAGGUAAUGGUGAACCCUCUCGUCGAAUGCAAGAGCUGUCUAGCUUGCAAGUCCGGCUCAACGCAGUGCUGCGCCCAACUAGGCAUAAUCGGCGGCUCCACCGGUUUCGGUGGGUUUGGGCAAGUCGUUGCUGUUGACGAAGACAAAAUCAUGCUUCUUCCUCCCGGGAUUCCAUUGGAUUUUGCGGCCGUUGUAGAGCCUUUAGCCGUGGUGCAACAUGCAAUCAAAGUCUCUGGAAUCGACCAUUGGAAGGAUAAGGAUGUUUUGGUGGUAGGCGGGGGUCCUGUUGGUUUCGCGAUGUUGUUGUGUCUGAGAGCCUGGGGAGCGGAGAAGGUAGUCGUCAGUGAGCCGGCGGCGCUGAGGAAACAGCAGUGUUCGGGGUUUGCGAGAGCGGUGAUAGACCCAAUGAAAGAAGACGUGGGCGUAAGGUGCAGAGAAUUGACGGGCGGGAAGGGCAUAGACGUAGUUUUCGACUGUGCCGGGGUAGCAAUGGCUCUGCAAUCGGCCAUAGGCGCCAUGCGUUUUGAGAGUCUGUACGUCAUGGUCGCAGUCUGGGAAGGACUGGUAAGAUGCCAACCACUGCAUUGAUUUCCUUUGGCGAAGCUGAUGCAAUCUGGCAAGAUCAACGUACCCUGUUGGCCCUUCCUCGGGAAGCAUAUCACAAUGAAGGGCAGUCUGGUCUACGAUGAUUCGGCAAUGCAAGAGGUAAUGAGCUUGAUCGUCGAAGGUAGGCUGUUGCUAUUGCAAGAUCUUGUUGCCAUCAGGAGGAGCUGACAUCGCAGCGCAGGCAAGCUUAAUGGCUGGCGAGAAAUGGUGACUGGUCGCAUAGGACUGGACGGCAUUGUUGGAGACGGCUUCCGAGAGCUGAUAGAUCACAAGGAAAAGCACAUCAAGAUCUUGGUCAAUCCACAGGCGUAG